GAAAAAUGGUCAGCAGUGCACUUCAGUCUGUACAUUCAUGAUUACCACGAAGAUACUAAACUGAAUCUAUAAAUUGAAGUGAGCUGCUGGCCACUUCUUGUAGCUGGACCUAGCUGUACACGGUUUACGCGACACCUAUCCUUGCGCACGAAAUCCUUUUUUGCCGUGUGAAAUUAGAUAUAACCCUUUUCUUAAAUUAAUAAUUUUGAUAAUAAACCCACACCAUUAGUGAAAAAAUAUUCACUUCAACUCAGUAAUUAAGGAUUUCAUGAGAUGAGUGAAUCGUGUAAAGGAUUUAUUGCAGUUCACUUGGGGGCUGGACAACAUUCGUUACAUUUAAAAGAUAAAUAUCUAGAGUUGAGUAAGGAAGCAUGUGAAAAGGGAAUAGAAUCUUUACAUCAGUCAUAUGAUGUUCUUGAAGCUGUUGUUCAAGCAGUUAUUGUUUUAGAAGAUUCUCCAAUAACAAAUGCAGGAUAUGGCUCAAAUCUUACUUACAAUGGAAAUGUUGAGUGUGAUGCAAGUGUUAUGGAUGGAUCUGAUCUUCAGUAUGGUGCUGUUGGUGCAGUGACAGGUGUUAAAAACCCUGUCGAGUUGGCAAAACGUUUGUGUCAAUAUCAAAUGGUUGAUAUUGGAAAUGGAAGAGUUCCACCAAGUUUUUUAGUAGGGUCUGGUGCAAGUGCUUGGGCUAAAGAAAUGGGAAUCCCAACUAUACCUCCAGAAAAUUUAAUAUCAGUUAAAGCUCAAAAAAUUUACAAACACUACAAGAGGAAAGUAGAAAAGGCCAAUGGAGACAUUAGUGAAAUAACUCAGCAAUUGAAAAAACGAAUGGAUACAGUAGGAGCAGUUUGUGUAGAUAAAGAUGGUAAUAUUGCUGCAGCAUGCUCAAGUGGAGGAAUAAUUUUAAAAUACCCUGGACGUGUAGGGCAGGCAGGGUUAUGGGGCUGUGGAACUUGGGCAAGUAAAGGGGAAAUUUCAGUUGGAACCAGUACUUCUGGUUGUGGAGAACAUCUCAUUAGAACUACAUUAGCUCGAACUAUAGCUGAUGCCAUUGUAACAACUGAAUGUCCAACUACAAGCUUGCACAGAGCAAUGCAAGCUGAUUUUAUUGAUUCUAGACUAUUGCAACAUUUGUCUGAAAAACUUGGUGGUUUGAUUGCAAUUCGGUAUUCCCAUGAAGAUGGUUGUGGGGAUUUACUUUGGAGUCAUUCUACAAAUAGUAUGAUAAUCGGUUAUAAGAGCUCUACUGAUAAAUCAGCAAAAAGCCAUAUGUCUAAUUUACCUGUGCCAGAAGUAGGAAAGAAAGCUACAGUAGAAGGAGUUAGUUUUAAGUUGAAAAACUAAGUAAACUGCAGCAAAUACUUUCAUGUCACAAUCACAAGGAAUUUCGUGAGAAACUUCUGAG